GCUAGCAUGUAUUUCAAACGCUUUUACCUCAAUAACUCAGUGAUGGAGUAUCAUCCUCGGAUAAUAAUGCUAACAUGCGCAUUUUUGGCCUGUAAAGUAGAUGAAUUUAAUGUGUCCAGUGCGCAGUUUGUUGGUAACCUUCGAGAAAGCCCUCUUGGACAGGAAAAAGCCCUUGAACAAAUACUGGAAUAUGAACUACUGCUUAUUCAGCAACUGAACUUCCAUCUUGUCAUCCACAAUCCAUACAGGCCAUUUGAGGGAUUUCUCAUCGAUCUGAAGACUCGGUAUCCAUUGCUGGAGAAUCCUGAAGUUCUGAGAAAAACAGCCGACGACUUCCUCAAUCGAGUGGCUCUCACAGAUGCGUAUCUGCUCUUUACUCCCUCACAGAUAGCACUUGCUGCCAUAUUAUCCAGUUGUUCAAGAGCAGGAAUUAAUAUGGAGAGUUAUUUAUCAGAAAGUCUCAUGCUGAAAGAAAACAGAACAUCCUUAGCCAAGCUACUAGAUGGCAUGAAAUGUAUGAAAAAUCUCAUAAAGAAAUACGAACUGCCAAGGCCUGAAGAGGUUGCUGCUCUAAAACAGAAGUUGGAGAAGUGUCACAGACCGGAGCUUUCACUGAAUACAAACACGAAGAAGAGGAAAGGUUCUGAAGAUGAUGAAUAUGUCGCAAAGAAGUCUAAAAUGGAUGAGGUCAGUAAUCCUGUUGUACAAGUGCUUGUUUUUCCACUCUAA